UGUCUUGCGACUUGAGUAAGCUGAGCUCUCAUUGGAAUCUGAAAAAUAAAGUCUCGUCCUUUGCUUCUUCUUCAUCGUCGAAAAAUGGAUCGAAACCACCACCAAAGACCGAGAAGCAGCAGCAGCAUCCUAGACUCACUCGGCGAAGAGCUCAUCGGAAUCCUCACCCCCGUCUCCAUAUGCAUGUUCACCGUCGUCCUCCUCGUCUGCCUCCUAAACUCCGACCCAUCCUCCUCCUCCUCCUUCUCCUCCAUAGCCACCGCCGCCUACUCCGAAACCGACUCUGACUCCCCCUGGGACAAGCUCCUCGGCGCCCUCCUCAACUCCCUCGUCUUCGUCGCCGCCAUCACCGCCGCGACCUUCCUCCUCGUCCUCCUCUUCUACCUCCGCUGCGUCGCCUUCCUCAAACUCUACAUGGGCUUCUCCGCCUUCGUCGUCCUGGCCAACCUCGGCGGAGAGAUCUCCGUCCUCCUCAUCGAUCGCUUCCGCCUCCCGAUCGACGCCGUCACGUUCUCGAUCCUUCUCUUCAACUUCUCCGUCGUCGGAGUCUUCGCCGUGUUCUUGUCGAGGUUCUCGAUCUUGAUCACUCAGGGGUACUUGGUCGUGAUCGGCGUCCUCGUCGCUUACUUCUUCACGAUGCUCCCCGAGUGGACCACUUGGGUGCUUCUCGUCGCGUUGGCGGUUUACGACCUCGCUGCUGUUCUGUUACCUGUCGGUCCGUUGCGUCUCCUCGUCGAGAUGGCUAUCUCCAGAGACGAGGAUAUACCCGCUCUGGUCUACGAGGCGAGGCCCGUGAUUCGGAACAACAAUUUGGUGCAGAGGAGAGUUUGGAGAGAACAGAGAUCCAAUCAUAAUGAUGACGUGGAGAACAGUGAAGCGGUUACGGUCGUUAGAUCAGAGAUAUCUGUACCGUUGAUUGAUGAUAGUAGUAGUAGACCUGAGAGUUCGGAGACUUUUCUUGAAGGGAUUGGGUUGGGGUCGUCCGGUGCGAUCAAGUUGGGGCUUGGUGAUUUCAUCUUCUAUAGUGUUUUGGUCGGAAGAGCUGCCAUGUAUGAUUUGAUGACGGUUUAUGCUUGUUAUUUGGCGAUUAUUGCCGGUUUAGGGGUUACGUUGAUGCUAUUGUCUGUGUAUCAGAAGGCUUUGCCGGCUCUUCCCGUGUCGAUCAUGUUGGGUGUUGUGUUUUACUUUUUGGCGAGGCUGUUUUUGGAAGUUUUUGUUGUGCAGUGUUCUUCGAACCUUGUGAUGUUUUAAAGAGUAUUGAAAGUGAAAAGGGUGCUUUUGAUGUUA